AUGGCCAACUUUUCCGUGGAGUGGCUCUCUCAAAGUUACUACAAGGAGCAGACGCCGGAGAAGACGCCUCACUCGGAGCUCCAGGAUUAUGAGGGGAGUCAGUCAGCACGCGAUUGUCGCGCGUCUUCGCCCAACAACAGUUGCGGCUACACCUCGGGGUCCGAGAGCGAGGUGGGUGACGACAGCGAAGGGGAAAGCGGCCAGCAAAGGCGAGUCCGGACCAAGUUCACCUCGGAACAAGUGAGGAAACUGGAGAACACGUUCAACAAGCACAAGUAUCUGGGAGCCACGCAGAGGAGGAGGAUUGCGGAGAAGCUGAGCCUCUCGGAAACUCAGGUGAAGACGUGGUUCCAGAACAGGAGGAUGAAGCUGAAGCGGGAGGUGCAGGAGGUGCGGCCGGAGUUUUUGUCGGUGCCUGCUGCUUUGCUGCCGCCGGUUCUGUUUCAGCACCACGUCCUGGGAGGACAGCUCCACGAUCCAAGCGCCUACUACGCGCAUGCGCAGCAGCCACUCCACCGGCCGGUCCUUCCCGCCCCUCUGCACCAUCACCACCGCGCGCUCCCUGUCAUCCUCCCUCCAGCCUACUACUGA